GUGUGCUCCACCAGAGAGCUGGGCUCCUGCAGCAAGACACUGCUUUUUAUCAGGACUCACACACACACAUGUUUGCUCAGACUCACACACGCACUCGUACACCGCCCGCUGCAGGAAGUACUCAAUAGCAAGCCAGAGGACCAGCAGUGACCUGGAAGACAAGUGCAUGGAGCUCUGUUCUGAUCUGAUGUGACUCUCAUUUUUAACAUCUUCAGAGAAACACAGACUAGAACUAAUGACAGGGGGGAAGUGAAGGUGAGAUCUUUAUCUGUGUUUAACAGCUCAGAUCUUAAGGCUGAGAGUCAAAGUGAAAGAGGCAGACUUAAAGCAAGAAAAAGCCAAGUUUGCCUGGUUAUGGUUUCCUUCUAUGUGGGAUCGGACGGACCCCUGCCUACAGUGAUGCUAAUGGAGAAUCCAGUCCGCCAGGACAUGCAGUUCUACUACGUGGGUGACCACACGUGGACUACCAUGCUGGGUCAGAGUGUGAAGCUCCAGCCGGUGCCCAUCCAGAGUCUGUCGGAGCUGGAGAGGGCUCGUCUGCAGGAGGUGGCCCUCUACCAUCUGGAGGAGAGAGAGCUCGACUUCAGGAUCACCAUUCCCAGAGAGAUCCACAAGAGGAGGAAAUCCCUCAGGAGAAAGUUUGAUUCAUUCUCCAAAGAGAAGAAAGAACGAGAAACGAGUCCCAGGGCUUUUGGUCUGCCCCUCUGGCAGGUCAUUGCGAACGACCGCGCCCACAAACAGAGGCAGGAUGCCCUGAAGGAAAGCAGGCGUGACUGUCUGGACCUGGAGGCCAGUGUGCUGCGCUUCCGUGCGGAGCAAUGCCAUCCCCAUGGCAAUCUACCGCUGUGCAGUCUAACGGCCACGCCUGGAGCUGCCUCGUCCUCAGUGCUGGAGCUGCACAAUAAGCCACUCUCACCCACCUUCCUGGACAACAACUCCAGAGUGCACCGCAGGGGCGGCCUGUCUGUGGACUCUAUCUCAGACCUGGUGGAGAGUCAGUCCAGGCUCCUGGAGGCCCUGCAGCUCUCCCACCCAAAGGAACUGGACAUCAAGAAGGCCUCCGCCGGUCGAACCCAGACCAAACUCAGCCUUAACCCAAUAUAUUGCCAGGUGCCCCGUGUGGUGGAGCGUUGCUGCCGACACAUGGAGACCCACGGCCUCCAAACAGUGGGGAUCUUCCGUGUAGGAAGCUCGAAAAAGAGGGUCCGGCAAUUGCGUGAUGACUUUGACAGUGGUGUAGAUGUGGUUCUGGACGAGGAGCACAGUGUACACGAUGUGGCCGCUUUGCUGAAGGAGUUCCUGAGAGACAUGCCAGACCCACUCCUGCCACGGGAACUCUACAGUGCCUUCCUGCAUGCCAAUACGCUGAGGGGGCCGGAUCAGUUGAACUAUUUACAGCAGCUGCUGUACCUGCUGCCCCCCUGCAACUGUGACACCCUCCUGCGUCUGCUGACGCUGCUGCACACGGUUCAAGAGCACGCGCAGGACAUCACUGGACCUGACCAGCAGGAGAUCUUGGGCAACAAGAUGACGGCUACAAAUCUCGCUGUGAUCUUUGGACCAAAUCUAUUACAAAAGGACAGAGAGCUGAGCAUGACAGGCCUGGGCAUCGAGGACAGUGCAGUCAUUAUCUCCGUCACCUUCUACCUCAUCCAGAACUACCAACGGCUCUUCACGGUGUCCGCUGAGCUCCAGCAGGAGGUGCUGAUGAGCCUGAUUCAGACUGAUCCAGACAUCAUUGACUACCUUCUGCGGAGGAAACUCAGUGGUAGUCCUCUGACAGAGGAGGCCGAGGGUGGAAGUGAGCAGCGGAAUAUCCAGACUUUGGGGUUGGUAGGACAGCUGAGUGGAGACCUUUCCCCUCUGGAGCCACCUUCGCCCCUCUUUCCUGACAGCCCAGGCGGAGGCAGCCUGAGCAGUGAGGUCUUCUUUAACGUAAUGCGGCUGAACUCCAGGAAGCGUUCCUCUGGCGGUUCUGGGAAGUCCAUUGGUCACUUGAGGCAGUUUCAUUCUCAUCACAAUCUGCUUAGUUUGGCUCAGCCCUCCCCAAUAGAUGAGCAGGAGCCCCAGGAGCCCCAGGAGCGCAGGACGGGGGACGGGCUGGCCAGCCCAGGAGAGGGCCUCCACUUCAGCCUGGGACUAGAGUCUGGCAGCUCUUUUCUCCAGAGCCCCACAGACAGCAGCGUAUGGGUGCGGCAGGCAGCCCAGACUCCCUCCAGCAGCACAACUUCGUUAGAGGAGAGCAAACAGCCCACCAACUUCUGGGACUUUUUCACGGGCAAGUGGGUUCCAUUCAUGAAACCUUCAAAAACAUUCUACAAAAUUAUGACCAUCACAGGAAGAAGCCCUCCUCUUCCACGCCUCCUCUCCAACCAGUCUCGUUGGGAGAAAAGCUGAUGACGUCGGACGCAUGUGGAAAAUGGAAGGAC